AUGACACCCCCAAUCCAAAAGAUCAUCAUCGUCGGCGGCGGAAUGUGCGGUCUCGCCUCCGCAAUAGCAAUCGCCCAAGCAUUCUCCUCCCACGAAAUCCAGCCCCAAAUAACCGUCUACGAACUCCGCCACGCACCCAGUACCUUCGGCGGCCCGGUAAACCUCACACCCAAAGCCCUACGCUGCCUCGACAAGCUGGGCGUGUUUGAGGAGUUAAAACGGAUGCGGGCGGGCUGUGAAGUAGACGCGAUCCAGAUAUUCUCCAUGCGAACAGGCGGCCAAAUUGCUGCUAUUGACUAUGCGGGUGCCGAUGGAAACGGGCUUGGCGGGUAUAAGGGAUGGAGGGUGAUGCGGUUUGAGCUUUUGAAAGCUCUGCUUAGUGUUAUCGAAAGGCUGGAAACGGUGCAGAUUCACUAUGGAAAGAAAUUGAUGCGGAUCGAGGAGAGCGCGGAUCAGGUUUGUGUUUAUUUUGAGGAUGGGGGUGUUGAAACCGGGGAUAUGGUGCUGGGGUGUGAUGGGAUCCAUUCUGCGACGAGGAGGUUAUGGGUGGAGGCGGAUCGUAAACCGGAUUACUCGGGAUUGGCGGCGGCUUAUGGGUUUGUCGAUGUGAAGGAAUUGUUUGAGGAUGAGGAAAAGCCGUUCUUUGAGGAUACUGCGCUUGUGAUGUCGAGGUAUGGGUCUGCGCUGACGACGUUUUGUGAUGAUGAGCGGAGCAUGAUCUAUACGGUUAUUCUGAUGGAGAUGGAAGAACAGGGGUCUCGGGAGGGAUGGAAGUCUAUUGGGAAAGAUCAAGAGAGGGUUCGUUUGGAAGGGGUCAGGAGGACGCAGGAUUCUCCCAUUUCGAAGAUCGGGCAGAUGAUUGACAAGGUUGAGGAUUGGACUCUGUAUCCAAUCCAUGUUUUACCGCCGAAUGGUCGGUGGCAUACGGAUCGAGUUUUAUUGUUGGGUGAUGCUGCUCACGCGAUGCCACCCAAAGGAGAAAGCAUCGGUCAUGCCUUUGAGGAUGCAAUCAAGUUUUCCCUUAUACUGUCUCACUAUAAGGGCGGCCCUCCACUUGUCUCAUUUGAGUUUUACGAAAAUCUUCAACGCAAGAAAACUGAGGAUCUAUACAAAGUCUCAUCAACCGGGUGGAAGUCCAAUAACGAUAUAGGGGCUAUUGGUGGCCGUCUUCUUGAGUGGCUCACGCCGCUGUACCUCUGGUGGAUAAAGGGGGACUCGGAGAAAGAUCUACUAAUGGAUCCAACUGAUAUUCAAUUUCCAUAG